AUGUCCGGCGCUCUGAUGCGCCGCUGUACAGACAUCGAACACAUCGCAGACAGGAGACUUGGUACGGACGCCAGCCAAUAUGUGCUUUUUCUCGACUUCGGAGGCCACAGCAUGAAUGGCUGCCUUUACUACGUAAGACGAGCCGGAGGCAAAACGGCCCUUUUCAGAGUCGGUGAUCCCAUCGCAACAGUUGGCGGCGGAGGCAUGUGGGAGGCAUCCGUUGGUGACUUUUGCACCAACCACACCACAUCGGACAACGGUAAAGUCAGCAGCCAAGAAUUCUCGUAUUUGCUUCGUAAUGAGUUCCUCAGAGAAUUCCGUACGCGCCUCAUAGCUCUUGGGAACAACAAUCCGUUCAAGGAAGAGUCGCCGAAUGAAUUCAAGUCGCAGUUCGAGGACAUUGAUCUUACUAUCGCGAAGCCGGCGAAGUAUUCUUCAAUUUCCAAGCGCUUCCACGUCAAUAUUCCGAUCCAUGAUCUGACCAAAAUGUUCAAGAAAGCCUUUCUUCAACCAUUGCUAGAAGCCGAACGCGGCAUCAGGAAUCUUGAAGCUGAACUUGCAUCAUCGCAAAAAGACAUCCGUGGCCGGAUUGUAGUAUCUGGAGGCGGCGCCAACAAUCAAAGAGUCAAGUACUAUUUGUUCAAGUUCGUCGAAAUGGUUUUCCAAAACACAGUAUCUCCGCCUAUAGUCUAUUUGGAUCAGAACCCGGAAACCCCAAAUGAAUCAUUUAACACUGCCAAAGGAGCGGGGCUCGCGACGGCUAAAGCACACCAGACAAUCCAAAAUUACAUCAAGAAUGGCGCUGCUUUUGGAAUACAAGUGCAAAGAGGCCGAGGUGGUGGCGGGGAUGAAGAAUGGGACGAUUUUGCUGCUAUGAUCCUGGCAAAUAACAGAAGAGGAAUGAAGGAAUCGCGGUACCACACAUUCCAAACUGACGGCACCAACAGGUUCAGGAUAGUCUGCGAUCCCUUCGGCCUGCACCAGUCAAUGUCCCAGACUGAUACACAAUCUCUACGCUAUCUCGACUGUGGCGCGCAUACCUAUGACUUUCUGGACCUUUUCAUGCCAAGUCAAGGGCAAUGGCAGUUCCGGCUUUCUGUCACGGAGAAUCAGAGUUCUGAGCAUGAGCAUCUAGUCCUUGAGAGACUUAUGGUUGACAGAGGCCGUGAGUUGUGGACGACAUACGACAAGAUCAAGCUCAAUGUAUUUUUCAGCCGAUCGACAUCGACAUUUUUAGUAAGACCUGAUCGGAAACUCGAUAACUUGCACCUUGGUCUAGGCUUGACCCCAGACGGAAUUUUUGUUGCUUGUACGGCGGAAACUGAGAAAACUUGGUUCGACGAGGUCCAGCGUCGGACGAAUGCCAUAUGGGCGGAGAAAACUAGGGAACCGCCCAAUUACGAGACAACAGGUGCCAAACUUGUUGAGUUCAGCUCGGACAGUGAGGCUUAG